AUGCUGUCACUAGGACAGAACUUGCGAUAUCUCUAUGUUGAUCCCAUUUUGAGAAUGCUUCAGGAUCACCACACAAAAUCAGCAAAUCUACAUAUAGGGACAAAGGUCGAUAAUCAAGGGUUUACGAACCUUUUCGCUAAUGCUAAUGGUCCGCAGACGCUCGUGUUGAUGGUCGACUUCGUCGCUGAUUCAGAGAGUAUCUGGUCUCUACUUCUCCCUCAGCUUGCGCCACUUCGAGAAGCGGGACUCUUAACCUAUUUCAAUGGAUCAUCCAUUGUACAAGCUCCAAUCACGAUCGUUGCGAGCGGCAAUGUUCCUUUUCAUCAGGUCCUAGAAAGAAGCACUUUUAGGGACAUAUUUUUUGAUGCUCCGCUUCUCGAAAUUUCGAGUUUGCCUCCGCAGCUCUCUCCCCAAGAACUCGUUUACAGCUUUCAAAAUAGCUACUACGCGUCGGCUAAUUUCGACGAAGCAAUUGGGCCGGUUGAUCUCAGUGGGUUCUCGAAUGAGCAGCUCUCUGCUGUUCGGCUUCAGGUACAACGAGCUCAUGAGCACGGUCUCAAACUCCGAUAUUGGGGUACACCGAUCCGGCCAAUAAAGCUAAGAAAUUAUGUACGCCGCAUACUUUUUCGUGAAGGUGUGGAUAUCAUCACGAUCAAUCAAGCUGAGAGAACAAGCGGGAGGGUAUCAGGGGAAAAGUGA